AUGUCAGACCUUGGCUCCUCAGCAGCCGCGACGCCCCUCCCCGAACCACCUCCCAAACGUCGCAAGGUGCUCGAACAAAGCACGAUCGGGUCUCUACGGUCCAGCUCCCCGGACGAACUCAACUCCCCAGCCGUGAUCCUCAACGGCGCGACAGCCUCCGCAACCGCCGGCGCAAGCAAGACGGCGGCGGCGGCGGCGGCGGCGACGACGACGACGACAACGAAACGCACAACCAAGCCUCGCCGGCUGGUCACCCACCCCAGCCGUCCCAGAAGGACUCCUAGCAGGAGUCCCAGCGACGACGAGCUCAACGAAGCCUACUACAAUCGCUCCUCCCGCUCCCGCUCUCGCUCGCACUCAGGAUCCCGGUCCCCCUCUCGAUCGCCCACCGCCUCGCCUUCCCGCUCCCGUAGCGACUCCCGCACGAGAUCGCAAUCGCCCGCCUCGACGUCGGCGGGCAGCAGCUCCCCGCACAGCCUCUCGGGUGCCGUCGAUCGCCGGCUACGGCUCUCGUCCACGAAUGGCGACGGCGGCGGCACCGACACGGGCGGGACGGUGACAACGCCUGUCACGCCCGCGCCGCCCAAGAAGGGCCCCGUGAGGCCGCGGUUCGAGGAGCAGCAGGUUCUGAGCGGACACGCGGGGAGGCCCGUUUCGCAGGUGCGCAUAUCCCCCGACGGGCGAUGGGUCGCGAGCGCCUCGGCCGAUGGGACCAUCAAGAUCUGGGACGCCGCGACGGGCGAGCACAUGGAUACCCUGGUGGGCCAUAUGGCGGGCGUGAGCUGCGUCGCGUGGAGCCCCGAUAGCGGCACGCUGGCGUCCGGGUCCGAUGACAAGUCGAUCCGGCUCUGGGACCGCGUGACGGGGCGGCCAAAGUCGACGGCCAAAGGGGUCGCCGCGCUGGCCAAGGACGGCGCCGUCGCGCCCUCGGCUCGUCCCAUGCCACCGCUGCGGGGCCACCACAACUAUGUCAUGUGCCUCGCCUUCUCGCCCAAGGGCAACAUCCUCGCGUCCGGGUCCUACGACGAGGCCGUCUUUCUGUGGGAUGUGAGGGCCGGGAGGUUGAUGCGCAGUCUGCCGGCCCACAGUGACCCGGUCAGUGGCAUCGACUUUUGCAGCGACGGCACUUUGGUCGUGAGUUGCUCAACCGACGGUCUGAUCCGCAUCUGGGACACUUACACAGGCCAAUGUCUCCGCACCCUCGUCCACGAGGACAACCCGGCCGUGACGUCCGUCUGCUUCGCGCCCAACGGCCGCUUCGUCCUCGCCUUCAACCUCGACAACAGCAUCCGCCUCUGGGACUACGUCGCCGGCUCCGUGAAGAAGACGUAUCAGGGUCACACUAACAGCCGCUUCGCCAUUGGCGGCUGCUUCGGCCUCGUCCCCGGCGACGGCGCCUUCGUCGCCUCGGCCAGCGAGGACGGCCAGAUCGUUCUCUGGGACGUCGUCACCAAGGAGAUUGUCCAGAGGAUACCCGCCCAUACCAAGAAGGACCGCAUCAAUGGCGGCGGCAGCGGGAAGCGGGGCAGCAGCGUGUGUUUCUGGGUCGACGUGCACGGGGACGUCAUGGUCAGCGCGGGGCAGGACGGCACGAUCCGGAUAUUCAAAAGGGUUCUGGGCGAAGGCGAUGACGGUGACGAUGCCAUACCCGCUGCUGCGGCGGUAACGGCGGUGACUGCGACAGUGACAAAUGGUCACGCAGCGGAUGCAGCCGAGGAGAAAGACAAGACGCAAGAGGAGGUCAGCCAUACGACGGAACCGCCGAUAAAACAGGAAGAGGAUAUCGACAUGGGCGGGACGUAG